UCUUUAGCGUUAUUCUACUUAGGGUAAAAUAUCUAUAUUUGUAAAAAAAUAUAUGAUCAUUUUGUCGCUGGGUUAGCAUAUGGUUAGAAGUGCAACAAUUUUGACUUUUUCCGAAUACGGCUACAACGGAAGCUAUAAGGUGCUAUUCGACUACCAUUUGUCUUUUCGACUGUCUUGCUCUCUCCUUCCUCUAUUGUCGCUUUGCUGACUGUUGCUUUUUCCGGUAGGCCUCCGAUAAGGUGAGCGAAUAGAAUAGCGGCGUCUGUAUACGCUGUAUAUAACAAUAGCAUAGGAACAAGAUUGGCUGUGGUCUUUUGGUUGAAAAAGAGGACCUAUAUUUCAUAGAUUUUACUGCAGUUAGAAAAGGCUGCUUAAGGUCGUAGGCUGCUGUGAAGGCAAAUAUCUAGAGGCAGGAUGUAGUGUCUGUAAACAUUAUCGGCACGUUAAUGUUUUAAAAACGAUGAAGCUCUAUUACUUAGUAUUAAAUAGUAACACUAGUCAUUAUGUCAGCUUCGAGCUUUUUGCAAACAAAUUUAUUUUGUUUGCGCCCAUUGUGCGACCCGCCGCUGUAUCAACGUAGAGAUUCAGUUAUUACACACAUAUAAAGCGGUGGGUCGCAUGUGCGAUGAUCGACGAGACCAAUGAAGCGGAAUGCGGAAGUGAUUUGGUUGGAAAGUUCAACAUUGGAGAAGUGGAUGAACACCACAGAGAGACUCAACUUUUCCCGCUGUCGCCGGCACAGGGCGUAAUCGGGGUUAAGGGUGACGACACCACAGUUACGCCGAAGGUCUACACCAACACUGAACAAAAAAUCGACGACGUUGAACCCAAAAUUGAAGUUACGCUUGGACGUGAAAACGACGUCACCUCCGAACCGAAAGCCGACAUCCUUCUUGAACCUAAAACCGACGCCAAUGCUGAGUCCAUCGUUGACGCCGGCGCCAUCGACAACAUUCGUGAAAACAAUAACGAUAGCAAUAACAAUAAUAGCGAGAACAACAACGUACAUUGCACCGCGCUCAAUCAUAACGGCAGUGGCGACGGCAGCAGUAACAUAAGCAGCCACUGUCGCGAACAACAGACUUUACAACAGAUGAAAACUAUAGACUCGGGCAAUGGCUUUGUGAGCGCAAGCACUCUUUUAGCGGAUCUACCUUUUACGCAGAAGGAGUCGUUAUCGGGAAAACUUGACCCUAGCAUUAAGGAGUCGAUAAGAAAAAAUGUCGUUAAAACGCUAGACACACUACAAAUCAUCAAAGACCAUGAUUUUGUCCCGAAAUUGGACAACGUUUGGGUGGAAGCUUAUUGUCCGGCGCGAAUCGAUCUCUACGGUGGCUGGACGGACACGCCCCCCGUGUGUUACGAAAUGGGAGGCUCUGUGGUAAACAUGGCAAUUCUAGUGGACGGCACCCAUCCGAUUUCCGCGAAAGCUCGCCUAACUUCGCAACAUUCAACGAUCCGGUUGACGUUACUAGAAAGAAACUUAUCCGAAAAAAUCAUCUUAGUCGAAAAUAUGCAACAACUUAUGGAUUUUCUCAAUCCCCUCGGUCAAGGAGCGCUCUUGAAGGCUUGUGUUAUAGCGUGCGGAAUACUCAAGUCUAAUCGAGAUUUAUCGGAACAGCUUAAGGAAGAAUUUGGAGGAGGGCUAGAUAUCGUCUCUGCAUCGCAUCUUCCACACGGUAGUGGACUUGGAACCAGUAGUAUUUUAGCGAGCGCCAUUUGUGCCGUUGUGUGGACGGCUACUGGGCGUCUUUACGAUCGGAGUUGCCUACUACAUGUCGUGCUGGCAGUGGAACAGCUUCUAACAACUGGCGGCGGUUGGCAAGACCAGGUUGGAGGACUAAUUGGCGGACUUAAGAGAGGCUUCACGAAGCCCGGCCUGCCUUUUCGGAUCCGAUGGGAGCCUUUGCCUAUCGAGGAAACCUUUCAGGAGCUCAUCGAGCGUCACUUCGUGCUCAUCUAUACUGGCAAGGUUCGAUUGGCGCGCAAUAUCUUGGACGUCGUGCUCUCUCGGUGGCAUUCGAAUUGUCCAACAAUGCACGAUGCAUUUCGACGUUUGCACACGGGCUCGAUGCAGAUGCAGGGGGCUGUAAAGAUGAGGGAUCUUGGCACUAUGGCUCGCCUUUUAAGUGACUACUGGCAGCUAAAGAAGAAGCUGGCUGAGGGAAGCGAACCGCCCGAGGUUGGUCAGGUAAUUCGAGCAAUCGAACCUCUCUGCCUAGGCUAUUCACUGCUUGGAGCUGGUGGGGGUGGAUUUCUUGUUGCCAUCACGGCGAGUCCUGACGCUCAUUUAGCGAUCAUGCAUGAGCUAACGGCCAAACGACAGAACCAGUUAGGUGGCGUCUCGGUUCACCGAGUCACGAUGGACACUCGUGGCAUUCUUGUAUACCGAGACAGUGCAUCGGUUAGAAUUUAAUCGAAUCGACCGGCCGGAAAUACUCGACAUGGACACGAUGCACUGUUAAACACCCGUCCAGGAAAUGUAGGAAAACAGCGAUUCCUAAAGGAAACGUAGAAAAACCUGCUUUUGGAAAAGUAAAGUCAUUCCAACGUAAACAAAGUUCCGACUGAUUCGACAAUGUACACAAUCUAGCUGCGUCGACGACUAUACAGGACAUUAUCAUCUAUUAAAAGGAACUCUUGCGUACAGAUGCGAUUCUAACCAAAGCGGCGUUGACAAACAUCGGAAAAAUGUAAACACUUCAAAUCCGAUUUAUUAUUGUGUAUAUAUUUGUUUAUGCCUCAAUUCGUAACUGAAAGCUACCGCUUGAUGAAUGACAGGAUUGCGAAUGCUAUCGGAUACGACUAUAUAGGCACAAAAUUAAUGGCUUGCUUAUGAACAUAGCCAGGUGGCGAAACAGGCUAUGUGACAUUUUGCGCUAUUUGUAAGUAAUCUAAUACCAAAGUGAAUUAUAUAUAUAUAUAUAUAUAUAUAUAUAUAUAUAUAUAAUUUUUUUUUGUUUUAGAUAUGAUAUCCCAAUUGGCGUUACAAGUAUUGUAUGUAUGACCGAAGUGACGCAAUCCCAACGAGUGUGUACAACGAGGUCAAAUCGUUAUCAGAGAUCUAUCCGUAGCUGCAUUAUUGCUAUAUUCAUCUAUGAAGAAAGCUGUGGACUAAAUUAUAACUUUGUAUUUUGUUUGAUUGUGGAGUGUCUCUCGCCUCAUGAUAUUACACAAUAUUGUAUCACAGCAUAUAUUUUCAAAGUGUUUGUACGGUAUGAGUACCAGACAGGGUAUCUCUCAAGCUCUGCUCCAAAGACAGCACACUGUCAUGUUAGUCCGGGUACCGAAAGGUUUUGAGCCUUCACGAAAGGAUCUUACUGGUAAUGGGUCAGCGACAGUUGAGAGUAUAGUAUGCAUCCAUGGAUUUCCUUUAUUAAUACUGUCUAUAAAUAGAUUUGUGUCCUAACAAGGUGAACGUUAUGUAAUUGAUAUCGCAUAUUUAGGUGGAGAUACUAGGUAACAAUUAUUUUAGGUUAGAAAAAUAUAUUUAUCAUUACAACAGAACUAUUUUCUGAAGGCUCAUGUCAAGCUGCGUGAAUUUCUAAGGGUAGGUAGAACAUGCUUGGUAAACAGGAGAAAAAUAUAAUUUCGUUUACUGAACCAAGAAAAAGAUUAAAAAUAUCUUUCUUAUUGGUUAAAUCUCAUAUCAUUGUUCUGGUUAAUGUUGAUCACUUAUAAUAAAUGACGACCUCGCUUAUCACUCGGUGAUCA